CAACCUGGUUUAAAUGUGAAAUGUGCUAUGAAAAAUGUCUAGCAAAGACCUCAGAAAAAUCUGAUGCAAUCGACAUCGUGUUCUAAAACUAUAAUAAAUUUUUAAAAAACUGUUUGGAAUAUAAAUCUAUUGUUGAUUCAAUAAAUACACAAAAAUGUCAGAAGAAGACUCUAUAUUUGAUCCAACGUUAAAGAAAAAGAAGAAGAAAAAGAAGACCACAUUUGAUCUAGAUGCUGCCAUCACAGAAGGAGGAAGUGGCAAUGAAGGUACUGAAGGUGCAGGUGAUAAGGAAAACCAAGAACCGGAGCAACCGCUUCCAGAAGAUGAUGAAGCAUUAGAUCUUGAAAAUUUCGGAAAAAAGAAGAAGAAAAAAAAGAAAGCCUUUAAUUUAGAUGAAUUAGAAAAUGCCCUGCCUGAAAGUAAAAAAGAGGAUGUCACAGAAUCGAGGAAUGAAGAAAUAGCUGCUGAUGAUAACCUAGAUCUAGAUAUGGACUUUUCAAAAACGAAAAAGAAAAAGAAAAAAAAGAAGGAUCUAGAUGAGCUGGUUGCUGAAGAAGAAAGAAAAGAAAGUGAAGAUAAAGAGAAUGUGGAAGAAACCAACCUGUGGGCGGAAUCUGAUAGAGAUUAUACUUAUGAUGAAUUGUUGUUAAGAGUAUUUAAUAUUAUGAGAGAAAAGAAUCCUGAUAUGGUUGCUGGGAAAAAACAGAAAUUCGUUAUGCGGCCGCCACAAGUUGUUCGUAUUGGCACAAAAAAAUCAUCCUUCGCUAAUUUCACUGAAAUUUGUAAGACUUUGCAUAGACAGCCAAAACAUUUAUUAGAUUUCUUAUUAGCUGAAUUGGGAACCAGUGGUUCUGUAGAUGGUAAUAGUCAACUUAUCAUUAAAGGAAGAUUUCAACAAAAGCAAAUUGAAAAUGUAUUAAGAAGAUAUAUUAAAGAAUAUGUCACAUGUCACACCUGUAGAUCUCCUGAUACUAUACUUCAAAAAGAUACUAGACUUUUCUUCUUGCAAUGUGAAACAUGUGGUUCAAGGUGUUCAGUAGCUAGCAUCAAAUCAGGAUUUCAGGCUGUCACCGGAAAACGUGCUGCCAUACGAGCUAAAACGGCUUAGAAGAUUUUGUAUAUUUUAUUACGCAAAUUUCAAAGCCCCAAUGAAAUUAAAAAUUUACACUGUACGAGUAAUAAACUGUUUAAAGUCUCAA